AUGUCGCUAUCACAAACAAAUCAAAUGGCGAAUAUGGCGAUAGCUCUGCAACAUCAACAGAUUAUGGCGUCGCUGUUGAACCAGCAGAAAGAGAACAUUAACCUGGCUUCUGGAAUGUCGUCUCUCGGGAUUCCAAGACCUCAGCCGUCUAUGAUUAACAUAUUGGGUAUGAUGGGGUUGCAGCAGCGUUUGCUCCUACAACAACCAGCAUAUAGUCUUGUCGCUCCAUUGACUCAGCAGAUCACUUCACCUCCUCAAGCACAUUCCGCUCCCAAUAUGGAGCCGAAACCGAUCGUUGGCGAUGCUGAGCAAAAUUUUCCACCAGUGAAAUGCGACCUGCCGGCUCCAGUGGCAGUGAAGCCGGCCGUUGUCACGACGCCAUCAGCAGCUUCGCAACUGGACAAAUCACCGAGGGGCUCACCACCGCACUUGGUGCCGGAAGCGCCGUUGGCCGCUGAACAGACUCACUGCACUACAACGACACUUCCGGCCUCGAACGAGGAAUCGCUGGCUCGAAUGAGAAACGGAGCGCUGGAUUCGGAUCUGAUGACUCGUUUAGCGCAAUUGAACCAUCUAUCUUCGUUCUGGGCAAAUCCGACUAUUUCAGAAUUUAGGGAUGCUUUGAAGCGAGCGGCUUGCUUGUUUACUCUACAUCUCUUGUGCCUUUCGAUGGAGACGAUUCUGUUAGACGAAGACGGUUUAUGUAAUCUCUGA